AUGACGAUCAGAACCUACGAAAAAACAAAGCCUGCUUUAAUUGACAUUGUUCAGGACAAGGGAAACAGUGUUGACGAAGAUGACGAAGGAAAUGAUGAUACGAUUCAACAGAAUGAGAGAAAUAAUGACCAAUCGACUCAACAGAAUGAGAGAAAUAAUGAUUCCAAUAAAUCCGAUGCAGGUUGA